AUGAUGGCGUUCAAGCCGCUCGCUGGGCUGGCGUUUGUGCUCAUGACAGUGACGACCAUCCACUUGCAGGUGCGCGGCGCGGCCGCGGCCUUCGGCUCGUCGCAAACCCUGCACAGCCGCGUAAGCAGCAGCAGCAGCAGCGUCGCCUCGUCCGCGGGCGGCGUCACCGUGACGUCAUCCACCGUGAACGGCUUCACUCAGCUGUCGUUCACGACACCGGACGGCCUGUCCUGUGCCACGACCGCCCCGGCCGGAGUCUGGACGUGCACGCAGGGCGGCAGCCCGGUGAUGACAGUACCGGUAGCUUCGCUCCCGCUAGGUAUCUGUUCCCCGACCACCCUCACGCCCGGCGGAACCACCACAACAGUGGUCGGUACAGGCCCACCCGGGCAGCUGUCUUUCACCGGGCCGGGGGGUCUGCUCUGCACCAGUAACGCCACGGGGGGGUGGACCUGCAUCAGAGACGGGGGCCAGGUGACGAGUAUCCCGGUCGCGGCUCUCCCCCAAGGUGCGCUCCUUUUCGAGUCUGUGACGUCAGCGAAUGCGUGA